UUAAAAAGUGCACUUUUCAGUGGUGGAUGCUGUUUGAUUUUGAAUAAUGUGUGCGAUUACACAAGAGCUGUUUAUCACAGUUGGAUUAUUUUGAAUUGCUAAAAUAACUGUAUAAGUUUGAACACAUGCACAAUCUGUUUGAUUAAAAAUUCAAAUGGAUUCAUACAUAUGGCGUUUCAGUUUGCGGAAGUGUGUGAUUGAAACAUUCACAUGGAAUUUAUAUACUUAUGUACAACAUGGAGACAGCCUGGCAACACUCUGACUCGUUUUUGUUAACCAAUUUAGCAAUGCUCGAGAAACAGCUACUUUGUGAUGUCACAUUGGUAGGAAAGCAUUCCACUGACCCGAUCAAGUGUCACAAAUUUAUCCUCGUCAGUCGUAGCUCAGUUUUCGAGGCCAUGUUAUGUGGACCACUUGCAGAAACAAAUGACGUCAUCAAUAUAUCGGAUAUUGAGGAAUCAAUCCUGAAAUCAUUUGUUAGAUACCUAUACAGUAACUGUGUUGAGAUCACUGCUGAGACAGUCCUACAUCUUAUGUAUGCGGCGAAAAAGUACGAUGUGCUGGGGUUACAAACAAAAUGUAGAUCGUUCUUGGAUAUUGAAAUGAGUGCUAUAAACGUAUGCACUGUCUUGGAUCAAGCCAUUGCGUUUGAUAAUAUGGAUUUUCAAAAAAUAUGUUUGAAACUUAUAAUGAGACAAUCGAAAGACGUUUUGGAAACAGAAUCAUUUGUCGAAAUAUCAAGGUCAGCACUCAAGGCAAUUUUAAUGUGUGACAAUUUUGGGACCAGCGAAUGCGAACUAUUCAAUGGAUGUAUACGAUGGGCAAGACACGCCUGUAAGUCCUCUAGUCGCAGUGAGACCGAUUCUGAUAUACGAGACGUACUGGGAAAAGAAUUGAUAGAUUUGAUUAGAUUUCCCGCUAUGUCUGGAAAUGAAUUUGCCGAGAAUGUAGCGGGAACAAGCUUGCUGUGUCAGUCGGAUAUCAUCGAUGUUUUCCGUUCCAUUAUUACACAGAAAACUGUUUCGUUAUUCAAGAGCGAGCCUCGUAUUAGUCUUACUAUGGAAUGUCUUUUUAUACGAUGUGAAACAUUUGUAAAUGACCGUGGAGGUGGUUUUUCUUUUGGUGUUAGCCCUCAAAUCAAUGUUAAGGGAAACAACUUUAGUUUUCUGUAUCAGAUGAUUGCGCUCUUAGUGGGGUCGCUAUGUGCUUACCUGUACACGAUGGUUCUACAAAAGCUACAAUUGAAAUAUUUGAAGACGGUUUGAAGGUCCACAAGACAACAGUAACCCUGAAUUUCAAUGGGAAUAAUUACGAAGUCAUUAAAAUAACAAAAAACAUUCCUUUAGUUAAGGGCAAACUAUAUACGAUAAAGGUACUAAACAGUGGUCAAAUUGUAUUCCGUUGCAAUGAAUUUGAGGAAGAAGUAAAACAUAAUGGUGUGACUUUAUUUGUUGCACCUGAGAGUCAAUUGUCCCUUGUGAUACCCGCACUGGAGUUAGUUAUUGAUCGAAUCGAAGUUUUAAAAAGUAGUUAAAUAACUGCUGCUUCGACUUAACUGGGCAGCACAUAUUGGUAUUAAAAUGUAUCAAUUAUAGUUAAAACUAUUAAACUUUGCAUGGAUGUUUUUCUAUCUUGAAUUUGGGGCAGUCAAUGAUUUGCCAAUUAAGAAACUGGCUGUCAUAUAACCCCAGAUACGGUACAAAACAAGUUUUCAGGUUCAUUUUAUAAUUCUAACUGUUCUAAUAUAUUUCAAUAAGUGGCAUUGUAGUGAUAUAAUCAUGCAAGGUUAUCUCAUACAAUUUUGAAUUAUAUCUUGUUAAAUAACUAGUUGCCUGCUUAGAACGUUUAUUGCAGGUUUGAAUAAUUGUGACUUUCUAUGUCCAGUGUACUGCUAGACGUAUUCCAUGCUGAACAAUUGACGGCAAGUCGAUGUGUUAUAUAUAAAUAUAUAAUCUCUGCAUAAUACACAAUUCAUUUGUAAUAAAGUGUGUUUUGUAAUUUUUCAUGUAUAUUGUUACACACAAGUCAUGCAAUUUCUAUAAAUAAAUAUCAUUAAAAUAUCAUGAAUACUUUUCAGACACUUGUAUGCAGCUUUUGUCGAUAAUGUAUUGUAAUGUAUUGCCUAUUGUUUAUAGUUUGGAUAGAUGUUGUUUUGUUGGUUCAUUUGUUAUGUUGAGCUCUUUUCAGUUGUAUGGAUUAAAUAUGUAUUAUUAAUUGUAAUUUCAUGUAUCCUGCCAAGUAUAUGCUAUUGAUAGUUGAUUUAUAAUAUGUUCUGACUUCAUGUUUACUGCUUAGUGUAUUCCGUGCUUUUAGACUGAAUCAUGUGUUGUUAAUUACUUAUACUAUUAUGUUUUGUUCAAGUCAUGCAGUUUUAAUUGAUAGUGUUUUGAUAUCACGUAUUCCGUUUUAUUUAUGUCAUGUUGGUUGGGUUGAUAAUGUGUUGACAUGGUAUGUCUUCUGCUAAGCAUAUUGCUUUAAGUUUUGAAUUAAACAAUGUUGUUAACGUGCAGUUUUAAUCGGUACUGAAUUCAUAUUGUAUAUAACUUUGCAUAUACUAUAAAAAAUUGAACAAGUUUUGCAACAUGUGUAAUCGGUUUAAAUACAUACAUUUGAAGUCGGUGUGAUUUUAGAAUAUUGAUGCAAUUUCAGAUAUCCAAACAGAUAUAACAAAUUUGUGUGGGGUACUGCGCAGGGUUUUAUUUGGCUGAUCGAAUAGCUAUUAAUAACGUAAGAUUAUGUGGUCUCAUAAUGUAUCUCCUGACCAGACUGCGAGAUGCGCAGACUGGCGUAAAACUACGCUGGCCGCAUAUGGCAUAAUACAUAUUUUCGAAAAAAGUGGUUUUUACAUUUUUUUUAUUUUUUUUAAUCAAUGGAUAUCUAAGCACAGUUCUUUUCGAUAGAAAAUACAAGUCAAACUUUGUAAUUUAUCAUCAUCAUAUUGAAGGCAAUACUGUGUUAUCUACGAUUAUCGAAAGUCCAUUAUGUCUUUCCCGGACCGAGUUCGGAGUCAAUAUACAAAGUUUGCCAUCGAUGCGAAAAGCUGGUUUUAAUAGUAAUAUAAGCAAUAUUUAAACAUUUAUGACUCAAAAUAAUUUCGUAAAUGAUCAAAGCAAACCAUUUGGUUGUUUUCUAUUUAGUUUAAGCGAAUAUGGUUAAAUUAUGCCAGAUUGUCAGUUUUUUUUCCAUAAACAGUGUAUUACUUAUCAUUAUGAAAUUGUACUGAAAUGGAAUUUAUCUGCAUAUACAAAUAAAACAUUUUUUUUAAA